UCACAUUUGCUUUUCAAUCAAAAAGAUGAACAACGGAAAGAGUUCUACUUUCUGCCAUAGGUUUCAUUUCUUCAAUUCAAUAGAAUCAAAAUAAGCUUGCCCUCUAUUUGUGUAUUCGUCAAGAACUCCUUCCACUUCUUAUGAUGGUCCCAUAUGGAUAUAUGCCUGGUUCCUUGUUAACCUCCACCAUCAAAGUUAUUGUUGAUAUUUUAUGAAUUUUGUCCUAUUGUAAUCGUUCAACCCGGAAAAAGUGAACGGCAAACUGCUCUAAUUAUAAUUGAAGAAAUCAAGUAAAACGCACCUUAACAUUAAGUUAGAAAAAAAAGAAAGUGAAAAGAGAGAAAGCUAAUUAUGCAACGUGACAAUUUUUUGAUGAUUUGACCCGAAGAAAUGAGCGAGAACCGUCCGUAAUUACCGUUGUUUCUCCCGUUUUGAUUUAAAAGCUAUAGGCGGUUAAUCUUCACGUAUCCAGUAUUAUUGAAAAAGAGAGAAAGAAGGAAAAAGAUGAGUUCCUAUACGUUAGCCGAUGCCGAUAAACCUCAUGCUGUAUGUAUUCCAUAUCCAGCUCAAGGUCACAUAAACCCAAUGCUGAAGCUAGCAAAGCUCCUUCACCAUUAUGGCUUUUACGUAACCUUCGUAAACACCGAGUACAACCAUAAACGCCUUCUCAGAUCCAGAGGCCCAAAUUCACUUGAUGGUUUGCCAGAUAUUUGCUUUAAAACCAUCCCGGAUGGCCUCCCACCUUCCGAUGCUGAUACCACCCAAGACAUUCCUUCUCUAUGCGUCUCCGUUUCAGAGAAUUGCUUAGGACCUUUCCGUGAUCUCCUUCACAAGCUCAAUGGCUCUGCAUCUUCAAAUGUCCCGCAAGUGACCUGUAUUGUCUCAGAUACUGGCAUGGGAUUCGCUGCUGAAGUAGCAAGAGAAUUUGGCAUUCCUAACGUAGGUUUUUGUCCCUCCAGUGCUUGCUCAGGUCUUUGCUAUGCCUUGCUUCCACGUUUGGUUGAAGAAGGGGUAACACCUGUAACAGGUAUAAAAUAUAUGGUGCUCUCUACUCAAUCAAAUCAAAGUUCAAUGGUUGAAUACGUGGUUUUAUGUAAAAGGAAUGACAUAUUGUUGUUUAGAAUGUUUCGAUUUCAUUGCUCACAGUCACGGUUCUUGACACGAUUUACUUUAAUUUGUUUGGAAAUUGCAGAUGGAAGUGGGAUAACAAAGGAAUAUUUAGAUAAAGUUAUAGAUUGGAUUCCUGGGGGAAAAAAAAUCCGUUUUAGGGAUCUUCCAAGCUACGUUAGAACUACAGACCCGAAUGACCGGAUGCUUAGUUUUCUCCUCAGGGAACUCCGGGGCGUCGAUAAAGCUUCGGCUAUUGUUUUCAACACAUUUGACUCUUUGGAACAGGACGUUUUGGAAGCUCUCUCGGCCAUUUUUCCUCCCAUUUAUACCAUUGGUCCUCUUCACCUGCUUGUUGAUCAGAUCAGAGAUGAUGAAUUGAAAUUUAUUGCUUCAAAUUUGUGGACUGAACAAACUGAAUGUAUCAAUUGGCUCGAUUCAAAAGAACCAAACUCUGUGGUGUACGUAAAUUUUGGCAGCGUCGCAGUAAUUACACCUGACCAACUGAUUGAAUUUGCUUGGGGUUUAGCUAAUAGCAAACAGCAGUUUUUGUGGAUAAUCAGGCCUGACCUUGUCAUUGGUGAGGCCGCCAUUUUGCCACUUGAAUUUGUCUCCGAAACUCAAGGUAGAGGCAUAUUAGCGGGCUGGUGUCCACAAGAGCAAGUCCUCAAGCACCCUUCAAUAGGAGGUUUCUUAUCGCACAUGGGAUGGAAUUCUACCAUUGAAAGCAUAUCUAGUGGUGUGCCAAUGGUGUGUAGGCCAUUUCUUGCAGAUCAGCAAACAAACUGCCGGUUUGCUUGCGUGGAGUGGGGUAUUGGCAUGGAAAUUGACGACCAUGCUAAAAGAGAUCAAGUGGAGAUACUUGUGAAGGAGUUAAUGGAGGGAGAAAAGGCUGUGGAAUUGAAAGCAAAGGCCAUGGAAUGGAAGAAGAAUGCUCAGGAAGCUGUCAAGCCUGGUGGUUCUUCUUACCAUCACUUGGAUGAACUGUUAGUGGAUUUUCUUCUAUCAGAAAAGCAUAUAAAUCAGUUGAAGAUAAAGAAGAACGAGAAUUAAAAAUCAUUGCCAGGACGUUUCUAUUUUAAGAGUCGAAGCUCAAAUUGCCAGGGCCAUGUCUACUAUUUCUCAAGUGAGUGUUGUCAUCCUUCUGAUAAGACGGAUGGUUUACAAAUAAAAUGUGAUACAUCCAUGCUAGGUUGAUGGUUUUCAGAUAGCAAGAAAGAAAUAGACUUGAUUAUGCCUUUGAGAAGCUAUAGAAGUUAGAGAAGCUUAUAAAAUGGUAACUGGAAAGGGAUAGGAUCAAGUUAGGAUUAAGUUACUCAAGUGAUAUUGUUUACCAGGUGCUCAAAGAUGGCAUGCAGCUCUAUAAAAAGGGAAACCGCAGCCAUAACCAAUGAUAUUGAAAUCUGUCUUUCAAACGUUGAACAUAUAUCAUGUAACAGAAGAAACAUAAUUGACUUAGAACUGUCGGAAGGAAGGCCCUAAGAGACGUUUUCACAAACGUUUAGCAUGCAAACUCAAUAAAUUUUCUUGAAACAUAAUAACCCAAGCUUCAAUGAACCACCAAAAUCACA